AUGGCCGAGACGAUUAGAGCGAACCAUAGUUUGACGGUGAAGCGCGUUCAGUUCUGGACAGAUUCGAGCACGGUGUAUUCCUGGAUUGUGUCAGAUCACCGCCGGUACAAAGUAUUCGUCGCAUACAGAAUCGGCGAAAUUUUAAGCAGAACGAGCCCCAUGGAAUGGCGUUGGGUUCGUACGAAACUAAACAUAGCAGACGACUUGACGAAGUGGAAGGCGGGAUUGAAGAUAGAGUCCACCAGCGCGUGGUUCACUGGACCAAAGUUUUUGUUAGAGGCGGAAGGCAAGUGGCCAAGCCCGGAGCCACCUCGGCCGAACGUGGUUGAUGAGCUUCGGGCUAGCUUCCUGUUUCAUCGAGCUGAGGAAGCAAGCGGAUUGAUCGAUUGCACCAGGAUUUCAAAGUGGACCAUUACGGUCCGCAUCAUCGCCAAUGUUCUUCGGUUCAUUUCCAACAUCCGGCGAAAACAACAAGAUUUGCCGAUCGAGGUACUACCAACCGACGCGGCAGUUGGUAACAAUCGGCGAGUGGUAGCGGUUACAGUGCGGUGUAUAGAGCGAUCGUUUUCGAGGGAAGAGUACCAGGCCGCAGAAUGUCUACUGUGGAGAAUGGCGCAGGAAGAAGCAUUUGUCGAUGAGGUAACGGUCCUACGCAAGUGCAGAGAAGGAAGGGUCGGUGAACUUGAGAAAUCCAGUCCGCUGUUCAAGUUGUCUCCGGUGCUGGAUGAAGAUAAUGUGUUGCGGAUGGACGGCAGAUUACAAGAGGGUGAGUUUGUUCCGUUCGAGUUGCGGUUUCCGGUCAUUCUACCAAGAGGCCAUCCGGUGACGAUCAAGAUAAUCGAGCACUAUCAUCAGCUGUUUGGCCAUGCCAAUAAGGAGACUGUAGUAAACGAGCUAAGGCAAAGGUUUUAUAUCCCAGCUGUUCGCAGAGAGCUCGACAAAGUAGCACGAGAAUGCGUUUGGUGCAAGGUGCACAAAUGUAAGCCGAUGGUUCCGAGGAUGGCACCACUUCCAGUACAACGGACAACUCCGUUCAUCCGUCCAUUCAGCUACACAGGAGUGGACUUCUUCGGUCCUAUCAACGUCGUUGUGGGACGGCGCACCGAGAAGCGUUGGUGUGCGUUAUUCACCUGUUUAGGAACAAGAGCCAUCCAUCUGGAACUAGUCCACAGCUUGCCCACGCAGGCAUGCCUGAUGGCUAUCCGGAGGUUUGUCUGCCGGCGAGGAGUUCCGAUCGAAUACUUUUCCGAUAACGGGACGAAUUUCGUGGGUGCAAGCAAGGAGAUAGUGAAGAAAAUAGAAACCGACUGUUCGCAAGCGUUGACAAGUUCCCGGACACGGUGGAAUUUCAACCCACCCUCGGCGCCCCAUUUUGGGGGCGUAUGGGAGAGAUUGGUGCGGUCGGUUAAGGAGGCGAUGGAGGUGUUAGACGACGGACGUAGACUGACCGACGAAGUAUUGUUGACGACAUUGGCUGAGGCAGAGGAUAUGGUCAAUUCUCGGCCAUUGACUUAUAUCCCUCAGGACCCAGGAAACGGCGGAUCGAUAACGCCAAACCACUUUCUUAAGGGUCUUCCGGUGGGAGAGAAGGAAGGCUGUGUUCCAGCCAGCGAUGAAGCGGAGGCGUUAAGGAACAGCCACAAGAGGUCGCAGGUGCUAGCUGAUCGGCUGUGGAAGCGAUGGCUGGUCGAAUACCUGCCACAUAUCAAUCGGCGUACGAAGUGGCACAGCGAGCGGCCUGCGUUAGAAGUAGGUGAGGUGGUGUUCAUGGCUGACGACGAUAACCGAAAAUGCUGGGUACGAGCGAUUGUUGAAGAAGUGAAGCGAGGUGUGGAUGGCAGAAUCAGGCAAGCGGUGGUACGGACAGCGAAAGGAGUCUACCGACGACCGGUGGCUAAGCUGGCGGUGCCUGAAGUGCGGAAUCGUAAUCAUAGCUACGGAAAGGACCCUUCGCCAAUGUUACGGGAGGGGCUGUUGAGGCACCGAUGA